AUGGAUCCACAUAUUGUAAAUACGAUGAGCACACAGAGUAAUAUUGCAAUACCUUCAUCGAUGGAAAUGACCAGUUUAAACGGUGGCAUUACGCAGUCGACAGCCAUGGACAUCAAUGGGGGCAUGACAAUGAAUGCCUACGGUGUCCCUCAGCAGCAGCAGCACCAAUAUCAUCACCAACAACAUAAUAAGCAAGAGCAACAACAGCAAAUGAUGAUGAACAUGGGACAGAUGAACCCGAUGAAUAUGGGAUCCAUAGCCAUAAAGGUAAACUCGAACGCCAUGAAUCCAGUCGUGCCGUCAUCGGCGACCAUGAGUCCAGGAAUGCAGACUGUGGGAGCACAGAGAUCCGAUGCAAACUGGCGUAUCCAGCUCACCCGCGAACACCGUGCGAAUCUCAUUGCAAAGAUCUAUAACGAGAUGGUACGUGUGUCUGCUGACCCCGAGCCUGGCAUCAAGCUCUGGAUGAAUGUUUCAUGGUACGAGCUGACACUCUACAAGGAGUCACGCACACAGGAGGAGUAUAUUAACAAAAUUUUCACUCGUCUCAAGUCACUACGUGCGCAGCAAACGGACAUGAACGCGGUCAUGGCGGCGCAGACAUUACCAAACCAGGGUAUGCUGUCGAGACUUGACUUUUCCUACUACAACACACAUAACAUAAGCCAGCGCACAAGCUUUUCUUGUACGAACGGUAGUCAGGCUGGAGGUUUUCCAGGACACGCACGAUUUGGUGGACCGGCUGCUCACUCUGGAAUUCAACAGCCUCAGACUCGUCCGGGCAAAGCAAUAGUGGCAGGUGCGGUAGACAUGCCCACAAAUCCGGCGGGGUUUAAUGGCGCGAGUAACACGCCACAGGCGGAUAAGUCUGAGGGUGCAAUUACCGUCGAAACACCAGCGGAGUAUUGGCGGCAGCACGCAGCGCUAAAGUCGAAGUAUCACGAUGAUGUAGAAAAGGUGCACAGCGCGUUUAAGAAGUACGUAGAUCAUAUGACGGGUCACGACGAGACCGAGCAGAAGAAAAAGCUACGGUACCUACUGAGCUACGUGCAGCUCUGUGUGAAUAUUCUAAAUGAGGACAAGACGACACAUGCGCCGCGCAAAAUCGAAGAGCUAGACAAGGUGUACAAGUACAUUGUAAAGAUUGUGAACCCGUAUUUAAAAAAGCUGCGUACGGAAACGGACAAACGCAGCUUCACUCCCAACGCCAACGGCAACUCUGCUGGUACGAAUCCCUCGACGGUAACAAGCCCAACAUCCUGCCCUCCUGCAAGCGCUGAUACUGCUAUAGCAUCGUCGAGUGAAUUGAAUGGUGCAAUGCACCUGCAUCGGCAACAGCUAGGUCAGCCCCAGCCGCUGCAGAGCUUGUCGUUGCAGCAAAAGCAGCAGCAGCACCUCGUGCAGCAGCGCGCUCAGCAGAUGCAACAGCAACAACAAAGAAUGCAGGCGCAAGCGCGUCAACAGCAGAUGCUGCAACAACAGCACAUGGUGCAACAGCAAAAGGGCGCGGCUAAGCAAAAUCAAGCCCAUUUGUCCGCUCAACAGGCCAUUCAAGCAAAUAUGCAGAAACAACAGCAGAACGGUCAGUCUCCAUCAAACCCGCAACAAAACCAAAAGCAACACCAGCUAGCUCAGCAAGCUUCAAAUGGGCAGCAACAAUCUGCACAGUCCCAGCAGCCCACUUUUCUGCAGUCUCAGCCCCCUCGCCAGUCAUCGCAGUCUGCACGACAUACGAUGCAACAGCAGACUCAUUCUCAGCAGCAUAAGAUCCAGCCACUACAGCAGCAGAAACAUGCCCCAUCAUCAGCACCAACAUCCCGAACCGAAGUUUCCUCUUUGAGACGAUUGGACGACCCGGUCUACGGAGGAAUGGAUAGCAACAGUUUGCUAUUGAUGCCGUCGACUUUGGGACCCUCGGGCUCCUCAUCGGGUUUUACGAACUACCCGAAUGAUCUGUCGCCAACAAAUUUUUUGAGCAUGGAUCUGCUCGACAUGGAAGGCUUUAUAGGUCAUGAUGGGACCAGCUCUGGUUCCGGAGCCUCUGGACAAAAUAACAUUAAUGGUGUUGUUGGGAAUAACACAAGCUCUGGCGAUGGUGGCGACUCGGACCUUAUGUUUAUGGAAGCACUUUGA